UUUUAAACUGUUCGAGUUCAAAAAGUUUAAACUCUGUAAGCUUUAAACCAAAAGAAUUAUCUCAAAUAUUCAGAUAAAAGACUUUGUUAUGUCAGCACUAAUGACAAAUUUUUCAUAUAUGUAUGUUCGAGUAUAUGACUGUCGAAUGGAUGAGGCUGAAGUGAGCGAUUUGUCAUCCUAUCCAACCUUAGCAGCAUUUUUCAAUAGAUCACUGAAAUCUACAGUUAGGCCUAUUAGUGAUUCAGACUUGGUGUCUCCAGCUGACGGAGUUGUGAUUCAUUACGGGAAAGUGAAUGAAGGACGCAUUGAGUUCGUGAAAGGCCAUGAUUAUCAUAUUAGCGACUUUUUAGGACCAGUGAAUAUGAAAAACAAAAAAAAGGGACAUGAGCUUUAUCAAGUGGUUCUUUACCUCGCUCCUGGCAAUUAUCACGGAUUUCAUGCUCCUGCAAAGUGGAUGGCAAGUGAGGAAAUACAUUUCCCCGGAUUAUUAUUGUCGGUACGACCAUCAUUUUUGCUUCGCAUGCCUCAUUUGUUUUGUAUCAAUGAACGAGUAGUUUUAAAAGGAUCUUGGAAACAUGGCUUUUUCUCAAUGAGCGCUGUCGCAGCUACAAAUGUUGGGGAUGUUUCGAUAAACGCAGAUCCCUUACUUCACACAAAUGUCAAACGCUUACGGACGGAAGUGUCCAAAGCGUUACCCGUAAUUACAGAACUGGAACAUGCAUAUCUACCUGGCGACAAAGUUGGAGAAUUUCGUCUAGGAUCAACGGUUGUUCUAAUAUUCGAAGCUCCUCCAACUGUACAGUUUGCGAUUCGCGCUGGUGAUAAUUUACGCUAUGGACAGAGCCUUGUUAUUAAUGAUUUUUAA